GGGCGUUUAUGGGGGAGGGGGAGUCCGUUUGAAGCAGGAGUGAGUCGUUGACGCGCGCGCGAGAGCUCGUGCGGUGCUGUAGCAACAGAGGCUUCGCGGAGCCACAGGGAGUUGGAUUUGUCUGGGGGAGGGGAUAGCGAGUUUAGGUCGGAUCCAAUGUGUUUAUGUGUGUGUGUUGGUGUCUAUGAGAAGGAGGGAGAGUUCAGUAUGUGGCCUGCUUGUCCAGUAAUCAUCGGCCAAAAUGCUCGAUCUCUCCCUUCGCCCUAGUGGAGGGAGCGAGUGAUCUCGGGGCGCAGAGGACGGCCGCGGCUAGAGAUCGCUGAGUGCGUGUGCGGAAUAACACACGAAAGAGGACGGGAAGAAAACUUAAACAUGGCGUUGAGGGAGGAGGGGGAUUCGGCGGUGCACAACAACACCAGCAACGCCAAGUGCCCUGAGGAGAACAGUCGCAACGGUUAUGUGAAGAGCUGCGUCACCCCGCUGAAACAGGACGGCGGGUUUUCCAUCUGCAGGUGGUGUAACUUGGAGAGGCUCGGCUUGGUGCGUCCGAAACUUGCAGCCUUUUACCUCGGGGGCGGCUGCAGUGCCUUUGCAAUCGUCGCUCUAUCCAUCGUGGCCAGGAGAUGCCUGGACGCGGAGUUUCUUUCAUCCUUGCUGCAGACUUUCCAGGCGGCAUGGGCUAUCGCAUUCCAGUCUCUCAGUCCUCUCUUUAGCAUCUGCUGUGCCUUCUUUUGGUUGACAUUUUAUCUGAGGAAGAGCAAACGGGAAAGCAGUACGGCUUGGCUUCUGUCAUUGCCUCCAUGUUGCUACCUCGGAGAUUUCUUGGUGGUGCAAGUUUUGGUCGGUGAGGACCAGCUAUUUCUUUGCAGGUUGCUGGCUCCGGCCGUUGUGCUGGGUUGCGUGGGCUUUCUGACAUUACUCUCUACUUUGAAAGUGAAACAGAGCGUCCUGAUCUUGUUAUUCGCCGGCGUUCUUAGGUUGGCUUCCAUCACCAGUUUGAUCGCCGUCCCAGCAGCUCUAAGACCCCUGUUGGCCUGUGGGGUCGGGAUGGUGGGGGCUACCAUUGCUGUAUAUUUUGAUUACCUAUUUCCGAGAGAAGCCCGUCGUAGGAUAGCCACAGAAGAAAAAAUCCCAGUGAUCAAACCACGCAGGAGAUCGAGUUGUGUUUCUUUGGGAGAAACAUCAGCAAGCUAUUAUGGUGGAUGCAAGAUGCCCAGGAGGACGUCGUUGCCUUGCAUAUCGAGGGAGCAGAUGAUCCUAUGGGACUGGGACUUGAAACAAUGGUUCAGAAAUUAUCAAUAUCAGAAUUCCAGUAGUAGUUAUGGAUUGGAUCCUGCUGUUAUGGGUGAGGUGCAAAGCCUGGUUACAGAUCUUCUUGCUGACCCAUCUCUCCCUUCGAGCAUCACCUCUUCUCUGCGAACCAUCAACAGCCUGAUUGCAUCCCAGCUCACAUUCUCUAAUAUACACAGACCAAGAGUGAAUCCCCUUACAUCAUUUUCUGAAUCCUACUCCUGUUCAGAAAUUGAGGACUUAUCGGAUAAAGGGGAAAAAAUUUUUCCAAAGCGUUUGAGACGAAGCUUACCAACUGGACAGCUUAGAAGAAACACAGGAUCAUGGACAACCACGACGUCAGCUACUGGAUUGCCAACAAUGGAACCAGCACCUCUUCGAUGGGACCGCAACAAUGGAGUGAAAGCCCAUCUAGAGAGUGGUACUUUAAAUGUAGGUUCACAGGCAAAUGGACCUUCCAGUUCAAACCUGUUGACAAUUCCCAAAUCUCGAUCUGCAUCCCUAUCUUUAACAUCUCAUCACGUUGGACCCAGACGGGCAGGUAUUUCUCCUAGCCUCAGUCCUGUGAAUUCUCCAGUUCAUGGUCCUGGGUCAAUAGCUGGUUUUAACCGCUCACCGGUGGAAUUUCCUGAUACGGCUGACAUACUGACCAAACCCAGAGUGACCCUCCAUAAACCAAUUGGAUACACACUCAGUUCUCCAGAUUUUCAGCAAUCUUUUAGAAUGUCCAGUAGUGCUCUCUGCAGCAGUUGUGGACGGCAUAUGCUUAGAUCAGUGCAAAACAUUGAUUUAGGAGAAAGCAGUUUGCAGUCAGUUGCAGAAUCGCCCUGUACCAAAACACAAGACGAAGGUACAGCUCCUGACGAUGGAAUUAAAGAUGAACACACAUCUGGAGCUGACAGAAAGGAACAUUUAGAAAAUGAAGGAUCCAUGAAAUUUAUAAGUAAUGAAGACCAGCAGACACAAGCGCAAAAUAAUCAGUCUGGGCAGCUGCCAGAACUUCCAGUUGAGCUGAUAGAAGGGCAAGGCACUGACUUAUGCAUGGAAAAGCUGAAUAAUUGGAAUUUUCCAAUUUUUGAACUUGUAGAGAUGACAGGUGGACAAUCUGGAAGAAUUCUUAGUCAGGUCAUAUACUCCCUGUUUCUUGAUACUGGCUUAUUUGACCUCUUUAAAAUACCCAUUCGGGAAUUCAUAAGCUACUUUCGUGCACUGGAAAAUGGUUAUCGUGACAUUCCUUACCACAAUCGUGUCCACGCCACUGAUGUGCUUCAUGCUGUUUGGUACUUAACUACUCGACCUAUUCCAGGAUUCCAGCAAAUAAACAAUGAUCAUGUAAUGGGAAGUGAUACAGAUUCUGAUAGCGGAAUAUCACCAGGCCGAGUUGCCUACAUGUGUUCCAGAAGUUGUGCCAUUUCUGAUGAUAGCUGUAACUGUCUUGCAUCGAACAUCCCAGCCCUGGAGUUAAUGGCACUUUACGUUGCCGCUGCCAUGCAUGAUUAUGAUCAUCCUGGACGUACAAAUGCAUUUUUAGUAGCAACAAAUGCACCCCAAGCUGUCCUUUAUAAUGACAGAUCUGUCUUGGAGAAUCACCAUUCUGCUGCUGCAUGGAACUUGUUUAUGUCUAGUUCAGAGUUCAACUUUUUGGCAAAUCUGGAUCAUGUUGAGUUCAAACGUUUUCGUUUCUUAGUGAUUGAAGCAAUCCUUGCGACUGAUUUGAAAAAGCAUUUUGAUUUCCUUGCUGAGUUUAACUCAAAGCAGGUAAAUGAAGUCAAUAAUCCAGGAAUUGAUUGGACCAAUGAAAACGAUCGCCUGUUAGUGUGCCAGGUGUGCAUAAAACUGGCUGAUAUCAAUGGCCCCGCAAAGAUGAGGGAGUUGCAUCUGCAGUGGACAGAAGGCAUUGUCAAUGAAUUCUAUGAGCAGGGAGAUGAAGAAGCAAGCCUUGGGUUACCCAUUAGCCCUUUCAUGGACCGGUCUUCGCCUCAGCUAGCUAAGCUGCAGGAAUCUUUCAUUACGCAUAUUGUAGGUCCCCUGUGUAAUUCCUAUGCUGCUGCAGGAUUACUACCAGGUCAGUGGGCGGAUGAUGAUGAUACUGAUCCAGAAUGUGGUGAGGAUGAUGAUGCAGAAGAUUUAGAAACUGAAGAUGAAAUAGAUGAUGAGGACCUUGAUAUUCCAACAAGGCAGGGGAAGAAACGAAAAGGAAGGCGGAGAAUCUUCUGCCCGAUUUUGCAUCACCUCACAGAAAAUCAUAACCUGUGGAAGAAAGUCAUUGAAGAGGAGGAACAUGAACAGCAAUGCAAGUCAGAGUUAAAUAUACAACAAACAGAUAACGCAUCUUUACCUCAAACUUCAGAUGAAAUCCAGGUAAUUGAAGAAGCAGAUGAAGAGGAAGAGAGACAACAAGGGGAGGAGAGACAGUGCUGAGAAGAGAAGAUGCAGUGCUAAUUAAACAAUAUAUUAAAGCCUCACUCUGCUGAUACCAGAGACUGAUAUACUUCUUUGUUAAAAGGCCUUAAUACUGUGAGAGGAUUCUAGCACUCAGCAGAAUCCCACUCAUAUGCACUUUCACCCAUGGAAAAAUUCGUGUAUACCAUGGAACAAAGCCCUUGUGCCCUGUGGUGUCCAAAUGUUUUCAUGUUGAUGCUGCCUUUCAGAAUGAAGAGUGCUCAGUUUCCAUGUGGUACUGGAGGAUGUUGUAAAAACUUCAGCUUAGCAACUGCUGUUACCAAAGUGAAUUACAAGUUUACUGUGUUCCGUUAGUAAGGAAGAAGGUGGACUUUAAAAGCACGUAUCAGAUGUCCAGCAUCUAUAUCAGGUGGACUUGAAAAUUAUGGAUUGUGUAUGUAGCAAUUCAGAAUGGAGCACUGCAGUAAAGAGCCUUGUUGUAAGGGCCCCUGAUUUUUUUUUCUCUGAAAGUAUCUGCUUUAAUGCAGGUAAAAUCUGUGUAGAAUCCUUGUCUCAUUAUUUGACUGCAGAAAAGAAUGUUAGUGACUAAAAAUUCUAGCUGCAUCAUUUUUUUUGAUGCUUUUUAAUGUACAAUUUGCCUUGUUAGGUUUUGCCUUUCUUGUGCAGGAAGUAACCAGAAAUGCACAGUGGCCAAGCAUUUCAGUUUGCCCGAACAUAAUUGUUCUGUAAUAGAACAGUGGAGUAAUGUUAAUGAUGAAGGGAUUUUUAAUGUUAUAGUUCUUUUCUCACUGCAACUCAGGAUCCAUGCUAAGAUAAGUGAAGCAAUGCCAUUGAAAUUAUGCAGGUUGAAAGAAAAAACAGUUGAUGUAAUUAACAUGUUAUUUUGAGUCUACUUUUGUUUGGGAAAUUCAUCUGGUCUUUCAUGUCACAUACCAUACACAGACUUUCUCACUUAUAUAUCCACAUUGCUAAUAAUAUGUGUUCGUUAUUGCACAUUGUGAGUCUGAAAGGUUACUGUGUAUUGCAAUCAGUAUACCUUGAAAAUGUAGUAAAAUACUUGCCAAUAUGAUUUCUAUGUUGGAGUAUGUCAUACAUAUAGUAUGUAGUUCUAUUUUUUUUCACAGUAGAAAUUCUAGACAUUCCACAAGGGCAUCAUACCUACUCAGAACUAUUUAUCUGCAAACUCAUCCAGUGUAAAUAUGGUUGCAAAGAAGAUGCAUGUACAGCUUUUACACGAUAUUUGUAAGUUAGUUUAGGCUGCAGGUAUGUAAUUUUCUUAUGCAGACUGUACAAAUAGCUCCUGGAAUGGUUGUGCACAUUUUUAAUACCAAACAAGUGUUUUUAGUCAUGCACAGAUUGAUGCCUACAUUAUAUAAAAACUUAAUUCAUCUGAAAAUAUUUGUAUUAAUAACGGAUUGUAUCAAAAUGCAUUUUGUAUACCUUUGCGGAUGAUGCGAGUAGUAGGUCUGUAAAUACCAUGAAUAGCAAGAGAUUUCAACUCAUCACUGUCAGCAGGAAUAAGGCUUCGCAUAGCCAUGGGAGCAUUUUAUCACUCCUUAAUUUCUGCAACAAUGUGUUUGUGUGCCUUUUCUCAGCCACUUACAAUGUUAACGCACUAAACCUCAAAUUGUCACAUUGGCCAUGAAAUGAAUGCCAUGCUCUUUGUCCUAUUGUCUGUAAUAGAUCAGAAAUCUUAAGUCAGUGCGCCAAUAAUAUGCAUGUUACGUAACCAAGUACAUUACCCCAGUGACUGAUAAUAUUGAUAAAACAAGGGAGAGGCAGAAAUAUAAAGGUACUGUACUUGAUUGAUAAAAGAAGGAAAUGUUGAGCAAACUGAAUGCUCCAAACAUGGUUGUUAGAUCUUUUAUAAGCUGUGCACUAGAUGUUAAAAAUAUGAACACAUCCCAACAUACUGUAUGUAAUUUAUUCCAUUAAAAUACUUGUUAUUUUGUGUGUAUGGGUAUAUAUGUUAAUAUAUACACAUUUUAUAUAUAUAUAUUAUAUAUAAAAGCACACAUUUGUUCUGUCGUGUCCAAUAUUAGUAGCAAUGUCUGUCUAACAGACAACCUUGGUGUUUAAACAUUUUGCAUCUUGUGUUUAAAUACUUAUUUUUAAAAAUGUGACUAGGCAAACACUUUUGUUUUUCAGACAAUAGUACAGAAAACUGCUACAUCUUCUGUUUUGUAUUUAUCAGUAGUUAGAGCAAUCUACUUGCUCUAUAAAUUAGUGUAUAAUUUUUGUAAUUGUUUUCAGUGGAUUUUUAAAAUACUGCCGACCAUGUGGUUAACUUACAGCAUUUUUAAACAAACAGUAAUAUGGUACAAUUUGCAUCAAUUUCUUGCCUUGUGUUUGCUAAAGUUGUUCUCGCUCUGGAAAUAUAUUUUUUUUAAAACUCUGUGGAGAGUAUUUUGUGUCCUUUUGCUUUAAUUUUUUACCUCCCUUUUUUACUUUUCAAGAAAAUAGUUACUACAUGGAGUUCAGAAAUUGAGUUAAUCAACCCUGUAUCAAAAGGAUAACAUUGGUUGUGAGAUUGCAUUUUUACUUAGUAAAUUUGGUUAGCAAUUUGCUUUUAGAAAUCAUUUGGCAUUGCCUGAUACAUCAUAGAACACAAAUAUAUAGUAACAAGCAACAUGUUUGAAAACUUUUUUAUUUGUCUUAUUUUCCAAGGUUUGUGGUUCACACCAGUCAAUGGAUAUUUUGUUUGUCUUUUCUUUUUACAAGUUAAUUCAGUUCUGUUGAUAAAUUAUUCUAAAUAAUAAACUCUACUGCUUUCCACCUAAAAAUCAUCUUCACUUUUUAAAAAUGCAAACUGUGAGAAUUCCACAAAAAUAGUCAUCUUCUAGAUGAUACCUUCCUUUUAAUCAAACUUCAUGGUAGCCACAAUUGAUUUAUUUUUCUAAUUUCAUCAGCAGCAAAUGUAUCACCUGUACAGAGAAGUUUAUUAUUGUGCUCUAUUGAUUCCUUUUUUUUUCUUAUUUUCAGCUCAGGGUCUCAUUCUGCUGCUUAAAUGUGCAGAGAAGAGGUUUUCUUCAAGUUACUGAAAUUUUUAUUGCUUGCUUCAAGCCUGGCAAGGUGGCUUUCACCAUUUAUUGGAUGUAUUUUUAUUUUGAAUCAUCAACUCCUCUUAGCUUUGAUUAAAUCUGCCUCAGCCAUCAACGAAAGCCAGCUUUCAGAUUUGAAAAUCAUAGACCUUUUUAAUGAUUAACUCGUGGCAUCUAUUUCAUCUACACAUUACUUUUGCAACAUAGAAUUAAUUCUUAAUGUCCAGAUUUUAUUGAUUUAGAUGACUGUUCGUAGCUAAAAGGAUGUCAACAGCCAGUCUGUUAAAAUGCACAAAUGUACUACAGAGAAUAACCCAGUUCUCUACUUUCAUGAACAUAGUUGAACAUUGCUAACAAAUGUUCUCUAUGGUAGUCUGUUUCUGACUCUGACCUGGAACAACAUUGAUCUAAGUUAGGAAAGGACUUUUUUUCGAUCUUAGUAGAACCAAUGGGCACUUCUACAAACUACAGGCAAUCAUCAACUCCAAGGAAAGAAUGUUAUUUUUGUAAAAGGGCUGCUGGAAUAUGAUUUCAAAUAUCAGCAUUCCUAGAAAAUUGGAAGACUGAGGGUUGGGUUCCUGCGCAUUAUCUCACUCUUUAUAAGCACAAAACAUUCCUAAGGUUCACGGAGUUGGCACAAAUCUGGUUCUCAGUCCAAAGUGCUCUCCAGAUAAACUGAUUAACCUGCAUCAAUAAGUCAGCAAGCCUACUGAUUCAAGAAGCCAAUCAGAUCUGGCAUAGUGAUAUGCAGUUGUUUCCUGCUAACACAGUUCCUCAGAGUACUGGCUCAGAGGAACAAAGAUUUAACAGACCUUCAGAGGGGACCCUUCGUAUUAAAGGUGCAUAUUGAGAAUACACAAUCUGUUUGUCCAUUAUAAUCACGAUAACUUAAACCUUUCAAAGCAUAAUGGCAAGCAAAUUUAUAUACAAGUAUUUCCAGAUUAUUAUAUUAGGUUAUUGCAAGGCUUUCCCAACGACCAAAGUGUCUGUCAGUAAUGGUUGUUUGUGACCAUCCCGUGGCAUCUCUACUGAUUUUAAAGAAAUGAUGUGCAGAUUGCAUUCUUUGGUUUCUAUGUUGGAUUUUAAAUGAUUUGUUGAUUUGUAUUCUUUCGAGUUUAGGCUUCUAAUGCCUAGAAUUCUAGCAUGAAAAGAAACAUAUUAUUCCAGCAACACCCUGAAGAUAUCUACUUGGCUGUGUUGAUAAUUUACAAGAUUAAAUGCUUCAGGACUGUAAUUUUACACCAGUCUAAAGAUAUAUGUGAAACCUUUGUCACUAUUACCAGUUUUUUUUGUUGUCUUGAUAAAUUGCCAGCAGAUGGAAGUUGAACCUUUUUUUGAAAAUUCAUUCAUGUUAUUUGGACAUUCUUAGGAAGGUCUGCAUUUAUUCUUCAUUCUUGAUUGUUCUACGGUGGUGAGCUGCUGCUGCAGUUCAUAUGGUGUGUCCUUAGCACUGUUCAUUGGGGAAUUCUUGGAUUGUGACCCAGCAACAACAAGGAAUAGAUGUAUUUAUAAAACAGAACAUUGUGUUACUUGGAGAUGAAUGUAGUGCCCUUAUUCUUUUAGGUGGUAGAGUUUACAAGUGUAGAAAGUGCAGUUGACAGGUUGCUGCCGUUCAUCUUUUAAAUGGUACAUUUAACUGGGGUGAUAAUGUGCCAGUGGUGGAAGUGGUGAAUGUUUAAGGUCCAUGAUGGGUUGCCAGUCAAGAAGAAUGGUUUAUUAUGCACAUUUCCAGGCACUUGGGGUGUAUGUCUUCACAGAUUUCACUUGUGCAUUAUUGAUGGCUUUGUGAAGUUAAAAGGUCAGUUAUUUGCUGUGGGAUUCUUGCUGUCUACACUACUGUAAUAAGAACAAUGUUCAAUGUUAAGUUCCUGGUCAAUGGUAAGCACCCAAGAGGAUAAACAUAAAGGAUUUGGUGAUAGUAAUACUAUCGUAUGUCAUACUUAGAUUUUCUCUUUUUGCAAAAGGUCAUUGCUAGUUUGGUAAUUACUGUUGCUAAUUACUCAAAGGUAAGGCUGACUUUUGUUAGCAGACCUUGAUACAUUAUCGAUACAGGUUUCCUCACAUACUGAAGCAUUGCAUUCAUCGGGGAAAGUUCCACUUCCAAAGUUAUUGAGGGAAGAUCAUUGAAGCUGCUGAAGAUUCCUGGGCCAAAGAUACUUCUCAGAAGAACUCCGGCAGUGUCCUCGGGCUGAGAUGAUUGGCUUACAACAACUAGGACUUUCUUCCUUGGUAUGAUUCCAACCAAUAGUGUGUUUUACCCCAGACUUAAGGUUUGCUUGGGCUCCCUGAUGCCAAACAUUGUCAAAAACUAUUUUAGUGCCCAGGCCAGUCAUUCUGAACUUGUCUCUGAAAUUCUGCUCUUGCAUCCAUGUUUAGAUAAAGGUUAUAUUCACACUUGGAGCUAAGUGGAUAUCUGGCAGUACUUGAACUGAGCAUUGUUGAACGGGUUAUUCAUGAGUAAAUGUCACUUGGUAAUAUUGUUGCUGAUAUCUUUUUGAUUCAGUAGUAGAACAAAGGGGUAGUAAUUUGCCAGAUUGGAUCUGUCCUGCAUUUUGUGAACAGCAUGUGUCCUGGCAGAUUUUCUGAUUUGUCAGCUAGACACCAGUGCUGUUGCUUGGCUGGAGGUACAGUUAGUUAUAAAACACAAGUCUUCCAACCCUGCAGAUGGGACAUUGCCAGCACCCAUAGCCUUGGCUACAUCUAUUGCAUAUGGCUGUUUUUGAUAUUAAAUGGAGUGAGUCUUAUUGGUCUGGCAUCAAUAAAGUUGGGAACCUUAGGAGAAAGAUUAGAAUUGGUUUACUUAAACCCCUGUUUGUAGGUUGCAAACAUUUUGGCUUUGUCUUUUGCACUGACUCGCUGAGCUCAUCGUCACUGAGAAUGGGAAUGCUCAUGAAUCCUCAUUUAGUUGUUUAAUCGGUCAUCUCCACUCACAACCAGAUGUGACAGAAUUGUAGUGCUAAUCAAUUGGUUUUGGGGUUUGCUUAGCUCUGCUACAUGUUAUUUCUGGUAUUGCAGAAUGCAUGUAGUUCUGUUGUAGCCUCACCUGGUUGGCAUCUUAAAUUAAUUAUGUAUUGUGCUGCUUCUCGCAGCAGGCUGUCUUUUGCUUGUAAGUUUGAUAAUAGUGGUAAAGCUUUUUUUGGGCCAUGAAGUUAUACAUUUUGCUGAAAUACAUUGUUGCUGCUGAUGGCCCACAGCACUGUUUAGAGGUGCUAGAUCUGUUCUAAGUUGUACUGUUUAGCACAGUGGUAAUGUUGCACAGCUUAGUGGAUGAUGUAAGGAUGGGGCUUUGUCUCCUUGAGACUGUGCGAUGGUCAUUAUCAUUAUCGUUAAUACCUGGAGCAAAUUUUCCUUUGAUGUAUAGGAUCUCGAGAACAAUAUCAAGAUUAUUUGACUCCUCUUGUGGGCUUUCUUACACCCUGGCUCAGGCCUGUUCUGGCAGUGUGCCUUUCAGGGCUGUGCCUGUUCUAUCAGAAUGCUUAUUGUACGAUUCUUGGUGAUAAACAUUUAGAGUCCACCAUCCAGAUUGCAUUCUGUGCCUUUACUUCCCUUAUUGGUUCUGACAAAGGUGUGUUCAACAUGGAUGGUGAAGGUGAUGAUUCUGUGCUGGGUAUUAACUUUGGAGAAAUCACAUCUUCACGAUGAAGCAUUUAAAUAAUACCAGAUAAAUACAAAUGACGCAGGCUUUGUGCACUAUAUACGAUUGAAAUGCUUGCUAUUGUCAUUUAUGUCAUUAGAUUCUUCAGGGAAUAUUGUAUGCAAAUUGAGCGUUUAUUUGUUAAAAUCCACUGAUCCUGACUUUUCCAGUUUUCACAAAAUAUGAUCUGGAAUCUGAAAACUUAAUUGCUAUAUUCUUGACAGGCAUUCCCCCUUGUGCUCCCACAAUGGCUAAGAAGAGAGUCCUGUUGUUGGUUAUGACUGUAACCUCAUAUCUUUUGUAAUUUACUAAGUGCAUUGUUGAGAUUUUUAAUCAAGAAUGCAGGAAUGAGCUAUGUCAAACCAUUUGCAAAACUGUUGGAAUUUACCUUAUUUCAGUGCUAUUUCAUCAAUAGGUUAACAGUAUUAAUAAAAACGAAGGAAUUAUUCAAACAAUAAUUGGUAUUCACAGGAGUGUGCAUUUUUAAAGGUAAAUAUCGUGUAACAGAAGGUUAAAAAUAUUGU